CAUCAUUAUAACACAUCACCAUGUCUUUUCCAGAUCUGGAUACUCUUGUGGACAAGACAGAGGGGGAGAUAAAGGACCACAUAAAGAGCAUGGAGCGCUGGAAGAACAUCGAGAAGGAGCAGAACGACGCCAUCAACCACGACACCAAGGAGCUGGAGAAGAUGACCAACAGGCAGGGCAUGCUGCUGAAGAAGAAAGAGGAGUGCAUGAAGAAGAUCAGAGAGCUGGGCUCGCUGCCUCAGGAGGCCUUCGAGAAGUACCAGACACUCACACUCAAACAGUUGUUCCGGAAACUGGAGCAGUGCAACACGGAGCUGAAGAAGUACAGCCACGUCAACAAGAAAGCUCUGGACCAGUUUGUCAACUUCUCUGAGCAGAAGGAAAAGCUGAUCAAGCGUCAGGAGGAGCUGGACCGCGGCUACAAAUCCAUCAUGGAGCUCAUGAACGUCCUGGAGCUGCGCAAGUACGAGGCCAUCCAGCUCACCUUCAAACAGGUGUCGAAGAACUUCAGUGAGGUUUUCCAGAAGUUGGUGCCGGGUGGCAAAGCUACGCUGGUGAUGAAGAAGGGCGACGCUGAAGGCAGCCAAUCUCAGGAUGAGGGCGAGGGCGGCGGCGACAGCGAGAGAGGCUCGGGUUCACAGAGCAGCGUUCCCUCGGUGGACCAGUUCACAGGAGUCGGCAUUCGGGUGUCAUUCACGGGGAAGCAGGGAGAGAUGAGAGAGAUGCAGCAGCUGUCUGGAGGUCAGAAGUCUCUGGUGGCUCUGGCCCUGAUCUUCGCCAUCCAAAAGUGUGACCCCGCCCCUUUCUACCUGUUUGAUGAGAUCGACCAGGCCCUCGACGCCCAGCACAGGAAAGCUGUCUCAGACAUGAUCGUGGAGCUGGCCGGUCACGCUCAGUUCAUCACUACGACCUUCAGGCCUGAGCUGCUCGAGUCCGCCGACAAGUUCUACGGUGUCAAGUUCAGAAACAAGGUGAGUCAUAUCGAUGUGAUCACCGCGGAGCAGGCCAAAGACUUUGUGGAGGAUGACACCACACAUGGUUAACCGUCUUCAGCUCCUCCUCCUCCUCCUCCUCGCCCCCUCCUCCCCCCCAGUGCACUGCGUAACUCGAAGCCUUUUUCACAUCAAGGUCCAGAGACAGAAAUAUCUUCAUCGAUCCCCCAGCCUCUUUUUUUUUUUUUUUUGCUUUAGUCCUUCUUUUAAAUAUAAACAACGCAGCCACGCCGAGCUUCAUGGACCAAUCGCUACAGCUGUAGAUAAAUGUGAUUUCCCCCGCUCUAACUGACGGACAUGUAGUACGGAUACUUUCCACAUUCACAGUUCGAUGAAACACGACAUUAAGAGAGAGAGAACCCUCUGUGUGUUUGAGGAGAUUCUGAUCGCCUUCUGACGACGACUCUCGUACCUUUUUGUUACGGUGUUUUUCUAACAGACUUUUUUGAACGUUUUCUCUUUUUAAUAAUUUGUGACAUGAGAAGCUCUUCGAGGUGUACAGUCGAGAGUGGCUGAAGUGAAACCCUGAAGAGGAGCAGAACCCUGAGGGGGUCUCAAACCCGUCUAGACGUUGUUUUGCUUCUGUUAGCGUUCACCUUAAAGGUUACUGUCAUGUAAACUCUUUAUACUUGCUCAUAACCACGCGCUGUUUGAAACGUUGAAAGUUCCUUUUUAUGCUCGUUACUCUGUAUCGUGUUAUUCCUCUUCGUUUUUAGAGUCGCUUCAAUCUGUGAGAAGUUUGAGUUCCAUGAUCCACGCUUUGUCCAGUUUGGAAAAACAAACCGGCUCCUUUAAAUCUUU